UUUUGCCUCCAUAGCAAAUCAAAAAUUUCGUUUUGAUGGCGGUAUCUUCAGUAUAGUGACUCUUUAUGAUGAUCUUUAUUAUGUUACUACGCCGGGAACGAAAAUUUAUAAAAUGAAAAUCAAAUCACUACUAAAAUGUCCAAAUAUAGAAGAGGCUAAUAAGAAAACUAAAAUUGCGAUUAAAAUACCAAGUGAUUCAGGACAAAUCGCAUCAGCAGGACAUUCAAUAUUUUACAGUGAUUCUGAUGGAAAUGCUAUUUUAGGAACGAAUGUUUUUCAAAAAUCUGGCAAAAACACGGUGAUACUUGCACAAGACGAUAAAAAACUUCAAGCUAUAAGUUCGCUAAAAACUUCAUAUUAUUGGAAUAAAUUGAUAGGCCUAUCAGAUAGAUAUCAUCGUUACGUUCUUGGUACUGUAAACCUAAAUGAAGUAAACAUCCGCUAUUUCGAAAUGGAUUUAGCAAAAAUACAAAAGAAGAUGGAUUUGAUUCCUUGA